CAGCUGGAAAUCCGUGCCGCGCGCUCGGCGCCGAUGAUGUCAGACAGUGUGCGCCGCGACCUGUCAGCUCCGCGCUGCUGAAGCCUCGCGACAGGCGUACAGGAGCACCCCGUUACACGACUAAUACACAGCGGAGGAAGCGCGGCCAUGGACAGCGAUGAUGACAACAUGGAAGAAGUGGUGGAAGGACCGCUGGAUGAGGACGACCAACCUCAUGGCUUUUGCACUGUGACAUACUCCUCCAGUGACAGAUUUGAGGGACACUUUGUUCACGGGGAGAAAAACGGAAAAGGAAAAUUCUUUUUUUUUGAUGGCAGUACACUGGAGGGUUUCUAUGUGGAUGAUGCCUUGCAGGGCCAAGGUGUUUAUACUUACGAGGAUGGGGGAGCAUUACAUGGGACUUAUGUAGAGGGCGAGCUCAACGGACCUGCUCAAGAGUUCAAUCCAGAAGGUCAACUGGUCUUCAGGGGCCAGUACAAGGACAACAUUCGUCAUGGCAUGUGCUGGGUCUACUACCCGGAUGGCGCCUGCGUGGUUGGGGAAGUAAAUGAAGAUGGAGAAAUGACAGGGAAGUCGGUGGCUUAUGUUUAUCCUGAUGGACGUACAGCUCUGCACGGCUCCUUUGUUGAUGGAGAACUGAUUGAGGCCCGACUUGCCAUUCUUACCACCCAGGAGAACGGCAGACCACACUUCACUGUUGAUCCAGAGAGUCCCGUUUACUGCUACGAUAAAUCCACCUCGUCGUGUAUUGCUGGACAUAAACUGUUGUCGGACCCCUACGAAAGUCAACGCGUGUAUGUCGGACAGUCGCUUAUUUCUGGAGCUGGAGAAGGGCUAUUUGUAAAAACUGAGGCUGAGGCUAACACAGUGAUGGCUUUUUAUAAUGGUGUCCGCAUUACACAUACAGAGGUGGAUAGUCGUGACUGGUCCCUGAAUGGAAACACCAUUUCAUUGGAUGAGGACACCGUGAUUGAUGUUCCUGAACCUUUCAAUCUGACGGAGAAUUAUUGCGCAACUCUAGGUCACAAGGCCAAUCACUCCUUCACUCCCAAUAGCAAAUACGAUCCGUACGUCCAUCCUCGUUUUGGGCAAAUAAAAUGCAUCCGAACAAUCCGUGCCGUGGAAAAAGAUGAAGAACUCACUGUUGCUUAUGGAUAUGAUCACGAGCCAUCAGGGAAGUCUGGUCCGGAGGCACCGGAAUGGUACACGAAGCAGUUGCUGGAGUUUCAGCAGAUGGAGUCUGGAAAAGGUGCUAACGAGACCUGCUAAAACGCUCACCAGCGCUGAAAAAACACGAUCUCCCAUCCCAGCCUAUAACUACCACCAGAAACUCUAACUUUGUCCUUUGACCUUCUUGCAGCUAACACUAAUAAGUAUCACUCUUCUGGACUGAUUUCUGGCAUUUUCCUCAGUUUACAAGGAUUAUAACUGUGAAAUCCUCGCUCAGAUCACUGAGCAAGCUGCAGAAUACUAUGGUUCUACAAUGUUGAAGGACUAGUAUGUGUGCAAGUUGGUGACUGAUUUGGUUAUAGUAUGAGAAUACAGAGACUGAAAAAGAGCAAGUGAUUUAAAGGCAUUUCGACUAAAACAAAGAACGUUUCAAAGAGCGAUGUCACAAUUCCUUGGAGGUAUAAGACCUCUUUACUACAACUUGUGAUAACUAUGCAGUAUUAAACCAGUAUAGUGUCUUGAUGUUUCCCCUGAGAGCUGAAAAUACAGAUUUUUUUUUUUUUCAUCGGUAUUAUCAACAAUUAUUCUUGUAAAACAAUUUGUUACAGUUAUGUUUAAAUAAGCUCUAGUAGUCUUAAAGUACAGUAUUACAUAGACAAAGCUGUUUAUUUAUUUGUGUGGCGUGUUUUUUUUUUUCAAGAAAAUUGACACCGUUAAAAUAAAGUGAAAGGGGAACUGUAUGUGUGGGAAAAGGACUGAACAGAAUGCACAGUAUUUGAGAAUAAGGCACAAGGUUAAGAGAAAUCUUUCUACUGAACUGAAUUUCAGCCUUUGAUAUGCAAAAGCUAUCAACAAAGAUUUAUCAAUAAAAACUCCAGCAUAGAGCACA